AUGCUUGAAGAAGUUUUGGCCAACCAUCCUCAAAUUCUGAAAUAUUUCCAAAUAUUUGGUGGUAUAGGAGAUAAGGAUGCAGACAGGCAGGCAACAAUGAUUCAGAAAUUAACAGAUUUUCAUGUCAAACAUUCAAACAUGCUAACUGAUAAAGAAAAAAGAAUAAAUUCAAGGACAUACGAUAUUUCAUCUGCUAGAUCACAACAUUACUACUUUUUUAUUGCUUAUUUAAGGGAGAAAAUGAUGAAAAAAGAAAAACAAGUUUUGGCAUAUGAACAAGAAUCCAUGAAAGAACUUUUAGAUCUCGCAGAUGAAGUAGCGCAAGUUAUCAGUGAAGAUCCUAGAUUAUUAACGUAA